GCUGCUCAUGGUUAACUUUAAGUGUGCACCUUGAAGUUUUUCUUAAUAGCUGUUUUUUAAAAAAUGAAUUGUGCCAAACUAAUAUGACUAUAUUUUAUCUUUCCCUUGGCACCCUUUCUCUUCCUCUUUCAAAAUUUUGUUUGAUUAAUAACAGAUGUCAAAGUCUGCAGAGAAAUUAGCUUCCCUAGAUAUCAGUCCUUUCUUUACUCCUGUCAGACUUACUACAUUUGUACAGUCAAUGUAAGACAGAGAAAGUGAGGCAGAAGUAAACUGAGCAGGAUCCCUUACUUUAAAACAGCAAAACCAUAAAACAAAAGCCACAAACUUCUCAGAAAGCUUAAAUUAAAUAAAUGCAAUAUAAAGGUUUAUGUGAUGAAUCAAAAAUUAGCAGUCUGACUGUUACUUUUUGAUGUAAAAAUAAUGUCACUGAGCUCACCACUUUUGUUUCACAUCUGGUCACUGCACUAAUUUUUAAUUAUCCUUUUUUUUUAGCUUGCCAUUUUGUUGUAAAUAUCUCCUUCACUUCCUGGGAAAAGAAAGCAUUCUUACAUGUGCUUUCAGGCUUUAAAGAGCACACAUUGUAUGAAUUUUAGAUUUAAUUUUUAGUUUAAUAUGCUACCUACUACCAUUAUAUGUAGCUCAGUGAUUAUAUAUCCAUCUUAUAACAACAUAGAAAUCACCCAUAACAGCAUUUAAGCCAGUAAAUUCACAGUAUGCUCUAAGCUCUUAUCUAAUUGGCUGCUGGAUCUUGCAUGUCAUAAUCACAUCACACAACAGUAAGCAGUAUCUGGAGUUAACAGUAGGGGAUUUAUUUUUCAAUCCAAAGUUUUCUCCUCUCUCUAGUGAGACAUCUGAAACUCAUAAGCCAUCUUUAAGAAUGUCUUACAAAAACAUGCUGGAAGACAGCGGAUCUUGUUUGUAUCCUGAAGAUUUUUUUCUCUUUGUUAUUUUAAAUUAAUUGUCAACAGAUGUGGAACUGUUGGGUUGGUUCUUAAGUCACUCGGAGAAGAGAGAUGCAUCUACUCAAGGUUGGCACUUGGAGAAACAACACUGCCUCUUCCUGGCUUAUAAAGUUCAGUGUUCUUUGGCUUGUUAGUCAGAACUGUUGCAGAGCAAGUGUUGUUUGGAUGGCUUAUAUGAACAUAUCAUUUCAUGUUGGGAAUCAUGUGUUGUCAGAGUUGGGAGAGACUGGAAUCUUUGGAAGAAGCUCCACUUUGAAGAGAGUGGCAGGAGUUAUAGUGCCACCGGAGGGAAAAAUCCAAAAUGCAUGUAAUCCCAAUACCAUUUUCAGCCGAUCAAAGUACUCAGAGACCUGGCUUGCACUUAUUGAACGGGGAGGUUGUACCUUCACACAGAAAAUUAAAGUGGCAACUGAGAAGGGAGCCAGUGGAGUGAUCAUCUAUAACGUUCCAGGAACUGGCAACCAGGUGUUCCCCAUGUUUCAUCAGGCAUUUGAAGACGUCGUUGUGGUUAUGAUUGGUAACUUAAAAGGCAUGGAAAUUUUCCAUUUAAUUAAGAAGGGAGUUCUCAUUACGGCCGUGGUUGAGGUGGGGAAAAAGCACAUCAUCUGGAUGAAUCACUAUUUGGUCUCUUUUCUGAUUGUCACAACUGCUACCUUAGCAUAUUUCAUCUUUUAUCACAUUCAUAGACUUUGUUUAGCAAGGAUUCAGAACCGGAGAUGGCAGCGAUUAACAACAGAUCUUCACAACGCAUUUGGACAACUCCAACUUCGAGUAGUAAAAGAGGGGGAUGAAGAAAUAAAUCCAAAUGGGGAUAGCUGCGUAAUUUGCUUUGAACGCUAUAAGCCUAAUGACAUAGUUCGUAUUCUGACUUGUAAACAUUUUUUCCACAAGAAUUGCAUUGACCCCUGGAUUUUACCCCAUGGGACAUGCCCCAUUUGCAAACGUGAUAUUCUUAAAGUUUUGGGGAUUCAAGUGGAUGUUGAAAAUGGAACAGAACCUUUGCAAGUUCUAAUGUCAAAUGAACUGCCUGAAAACUUAUCACCUAGUGAAGAGGAGAUAAAUAAUGAAGUUUCUCCUGCAGGAACCUCAGAUAAAGUAAUCCAUGUGGAGGAGAACCCUACUUCUCAGAAUAAUGACAUCCAGCCUCAUUCAGUAGUGGAAGAUGUUCAUCCUUCACCUUGAUGGCAUGACUUUUGAGGAAGUGUAUUAAACCUGUAUGAGAAAUCAGGUCUUAAUACUGACAA